AAGAGUGAGAGCAAGCAAGAGAAAAGCUAAAAACAAAAUGCUGAACAUAAAUUGCUGCCUUACUCUCAUUCUAGUGUUUUCUUUUAUAUGGGUACUGAAGAAGGUUAUCAAAGGGCAUGCCAAGUUGCCACCUGGCCCCCGCGGCUUGCCUUUGGUCGGCUACCUUCCGUUUCUUGGCCAAAACCUCCACCAUCUGUUCAUGAAAUUGGCCGGAGUUUAUGGUCCAAUCUACAAGUUAUCACUUGGAAAUAGACUCUGUGUCAUAAUAAACUCCCCAUCCUUGGCAAAGGAAGUUGUGCGCGAACAUGACACCACGUUUGCGAAUCGCAACCCGAACAGAGCGGCGCUGGCUUUCUCCUAUGGUGGAAACGAUAUUGCAUUUUCACCGUAUGGUCCCAAAUGGCAAUUUCUGCGUAAGAUUUUUGUGCGAGAGAUGCUCAGUAAUGCAAAUCUUGAUGCCUAUUAUGUGCUACGAAGAAAUGUCAUGCAUAAAACGUUGGGGGAACUGUACAGAAAGAGUUGUGAGGGUAUGGCUAUUAACGUCGGAGAAUUGGCAUUUGUAACAGUGAUCGACAUGAUAUCGAGCAUGUUUUGGGGCGGUACUCUGGAGGAAGAGAAAGGGACUAGUCUUGCAGUGGAAUUUCGCACUGUGGCAUCGCAGCUGGUUGAUAUAAUGGGAAAACCGAAUAUCUCAGAUUUUUUCCCUGUGAUUGCCAAACUUGACUUGCAAGGAAUUGAAAGGAAAGUAAAGAAAGUCCGCCAAAAAAUGGAUAACAUAUACGAUUUGGUUAUAGAGAAAGCAAGGGAGGGACCAAAACAAUCUGCAAGGAAGGAUUUUUUGCAGUUCCUCUUGAAGUAUAGGGAUGAAGACACUGGAAAAUCCAUUUCUGUAGCAGAAAUCAAGGCCAUGUUUAUGGACAUUGUGGUAGGCGGAACAGAUACAACAUCAACAAUGGUCGAAUGGACCAUGGCAGAGCUGAUGCUACAUCCUGAAGUAAUGCAAAAGGCACAAGAAGAAUUAGGUGAAGUGGUGGGAUUUAACAGCGUUGUCGAAGAGUCUCAUGUCCAAAGAUUGCCAUAUCUACACGCAAUCGCCAAGGAGGCCCUAAGACUUCAUCCAGCAGCGCCACUGUUGCUACCUCGCUGCCCCACCCGUUCUUGCACUAUCGGCGGUUACACCGUACCCAAAGGCACCAAAGUUUUCUUGAAUGUCUGGGCGAUGCACAGAGACCCUCAGUAUUGGGACAAUCCGUCAGAAUUCCGACCGGAAAGGUUCAUAUUGAAUGAUGCAAUUGGUAAGAAGCUGGAUUUCACCGGGAACAACUUUGAGUACCUUCCGUUUGGGUCAGGUCGUAGGAUCUGUGCAGGGAUUGUUUUAGGCGAGCGGAUGCUCAUGUAUGUUUUGGCUUCGUUACUGCAUUCAUUCGAGUGGAAACUAGUUGAAGGGAGUGAACCCGAUACCACGGAAAAGUUGGGCGUAGUUUUGGAGAAAGCAAGACCCCUAUUUGCUGUUCCACAUCAUAGGUUAGCAAAAGGGGAAGAUGGGCUAUGGAGCAAAGUGAUGUCUAGUAAGUAUGGGGAGAAUGGAGGGCAUUGGUUGGAUUGGGUAAGGGAUAGGAGUGGAGGAGGUUCAAUAUGGUGGAGAGACAUCCAAAAUUUAAAUACUGGAGAUGGGGUGAAUGCAGGAUGGCUUUCGGAGGGUUUUAGGAUUAAGGUCGGUGAGGGGAAAAGAGUGAGCUUCUGGUGGGAUGAGUGGUGUGGGGAGAGCUGCUUGGCUAAUAAAUUUCCUAGAUUGUACAUCUUGUCUACAAGUAAAGACAAAGAAUGCUUUCAAAUGGGAAGGGCUCUCAAUGGGACAUGGAGAUGGAACUUGACAUGGAGAAGAACCCUGCAUCAGUGGGAAGACGAGACUGCAAAAGAACUUCAAAACAUGAUCGAGAAAGUGAGAAUAUCCCCAGGGAGCGCAGACAAUUGGGAGUGGAUACACAGCCCUGACGGAGAGUACUCAACAGCAACAGCCUACGCAUUAUUAACAAAUCAGAGGAGGGAAGAGGAGGAAGCAGAAAUGUAUAAAAGAAUAUGGAAUCCUAGCAUUCCAUCUAAAGUAGCGGGUUUCAACUAGAAGGUAUUACUUGAUAGAAUCCCAACCAAGCUAAAUUUGUUGAAACGUGGGGUCAUCAAGGAGGAGGAGGAAAGAAAAUGUGUUCUGUGUGAAGAGGAAGAGGAAGAUUCCAGCCACCUAUGAAAUGCAAAAUAGUCAAAUGGCUAUGGAGAGCUUGCGCAAACUGGUGGGGCAUCAAGGUAGAACUACAAAAUGAAUGUAGGAAGACGUU